AACGAUGUCGUCAUCGGAACCACCAGGGGUGCUGGCGCCAGCAUGUAUCAACGGGACUAUGAAAGUGAUCUGCACUGCGGCACUCGACAGUGGGCAUGGCAGCGAUGCCAUGAUGCGGUCUUCAAACCCGUUCAUGCUUCUUGUACAGGUUCUGCUGGGAAGGCUGCUGGCUCCUGCGGAACUAUCACCAAAUGACAACGUGCCGUCAUCGUCGCCUCUGUUCUUGGUCAACGAUCCAGAAACGUUGAUGCCCUUAAUCGUUCAUCAGCCAAACACCACCCCUGGAGGAGCAACGAUGUCGUCAUUGGAACCACCAGGGGUGCUGGCGGCAGCAUGUAUCAACGGGACUAUGAAAGUGAUCUGCACUGCGGCACUCGACAGUGGGCAUGGCAGCGAUGCCAUGAUGCGGUCUUCAAACCCCUUCAUGCUUCUUGUACAGGUUCCCUAUCAAACAGCAUGA